CCCUAGAGAAUAAGCACUGAGCUAUUCGAGUCGGAGGCCAACAAAAGUUCAUAUCGGAGCCAUCGUCCCAUCGACGACGGGGAAGCAGAUAUGGGGAGCCGCCUGGGGCGACGGGUGAUCCACUUCGCCAACCUGCCCAUUAAGCUUAUCCUGCCGCCGCCGCCCUUCGACUACAUUCGCGAGGUCGCCCUCAAGACCAUCCCCUCCGCCUCCAAGAUCGAGAUCCGCCGCGUCCUCGAGUCCCUCUACGGCUUCGACGUCGCCCAGGUACGCACGCUCAACAUGGAGGGGAAGAAGAUCAAGCGCGGCCCUUUCCUGGCCGCCAAGCCCGACUACAAGAAGGCCUACGUCACCCUCCGUUCCCCUCUCUCCCUCUCCAGUGAUCUCUUCCCCGUCAAGGUCAUCCUCGAAGAAAAGGAGCGCGUCGCCGCCGCUGCCAAGGCCGCCGCCGCACGAUCCUCCGUCGUCGAGGGGGAAGACGGCCGGGGCGAGAGCAAGCACUGGCUAGGCGAGCGCCGCCGCAAGGAUUACAAGGAUGCUUCAUUGAAGGGAUACUAUGGCAAGCGUGCUGAUGUUGCUCGAACCCGUAGCGUGGGCGGUUACCAUCAUCGCAGUGGAGGCAGAGAAAGGGUAAAGAAGGAGAAGGAGGAGAGGAAGUUCCCGUGGAGUGGCAUGAAUUUGUCAGGGAAGAGGUAGUCUUCUUUUGGCCAAAUAAGCAAUGAAGUCUGCAUCUUUUUCGAAUUACCCUGUUGGAUUUGUACUGAUAAAACAUCUUUUUUUGAAUUGCCAUGUUGGAUAUGCAAGAGUUAGUUCUUGUUGAACUCUAAUAAUUUCUCCUUAGGGAGAUUGCUUUAGAUGAUAGUUAUGUAUCUUGUGGUCUCUUGUUGAUGGUGUUGACUUAUGAACUACAUCGUCUACAUGUUGGAUUGAUAGUUGAUUUAAUUCAAGUUUUAGAAUUUCAUUUUCUUUC